AUGGACAAUGGAAACCCCAAGGAGAGAAUUUUACCUCCGAAUAACGUGAUAAAAACACUGAUGAAAGUGUCGCAACUCCAUUCCUCAUCUUCCUCAUUGUCCUCUCAGUCAAAUUACUCUUCGUGUGUCAAUAAUGAAGAUAUCAGCUAUCAAAAACUGCAACACAUAUCCCGAAAACUGUCAAUAAAAAACUUUAAUAAAUUAUCAAGAGUUAAUGAAAAAAAAUUAAGUAUUGCAAGAAAAAAAUUACACGAAAAAUUAUUGCAAUUGGAGUGGAAUAAUUACAUCCAGUGGAAAAUACUCUUGACAUUUAGUUUAGGACUUUGGAUUCUUCUUUGUAUAACAGAUAAAAUUCUUUUACGAUCACCGGCUUCGUCAAAGGAAGGUAAAAUUACAAGAGUACCGCAAAGUAUUCCUGAAACAAUUCAUUUUAAUUUGUCGAAUGAAAAAAAUAAAUCUUCAAAAUGGUUUUCGGCGUUUUACUCAAGUAUCUGUCAUGCAGCUAGUAAUGUUUCAACUUCAACAGAUACUUAUAUAUUUGCGCUUUUUAUUGGAAUAUUUAUUUGCAUGGAAAAAAAAUUGAAAAAAAAAUGGAAAAAUACUCGCGAAAAUUGGACACAAUACUGCGAUGAUUCAAAAUUAAAUUUAAAUGAUUCCAACGAAAAUGAAUUAUCCAUUAAAUUAUUUGAAAAUCAAUGUCAACAAGUUGAAAAAAAUUUACACAGCGAUGGAAAAUUUGAUAUAAAAAAUUUAGAAUUUAAACAAUUAAUAAUAGACCCAGAUCUGUACUGGCAAUUAAAAAUACUCGAUAAUUCCAGCGAAAUUACGUACAUAAAAAAUACGGAUAAUUAUUUAAAAAAAGUUGAAGUAAUAAACCAAGUAAAAGAAGUUGAUACAAGUAUUUACCAUUUAAAUAAAUUUGAUGAAAAAAAAAUCUGUUAUUGUGAUAAAAAAUCAUUUGUUGAGACUUAUGAUUUAGAAAUCAGUAAAUUUAUAAAUUACGAAAAAAAACAACCUGUUACAUUCGAUAAAUCGACAGACACUAAAUUAGACAGGCCCAAUAGAAUAAAAUACAAAAAAUCUAUUUUGAGAUUAAAAAAUAACAGUAGAAGACCAUCAAAAAAUAAAUUAAAAAAUGAUCGUUUAAAUAAUAAGUUCAUUAGUUCUUCACCUGCAUUUAAAAAAUUUUUACUAAAAUUAAAUGAGACAAAUCCAUUUGAUCCAAUAUUAAAUUUAUAA